AUGUCGGACAAUACUUUCGACAAUAAUUUCAGCAAUCCCAAUGCGACUGUCCGACCAAUAUAUGUGAGUACACCAAAGAGCUACGCGCUCAGUGGGAAGAUCAUGGUGAGUGCAAUAGUAGUUAUUUUUGCCGUUGUUGUCCUGAUGAUAGCUCUUCACAUGUACGCACGUUGGUACUUGCACCGUGUUCAUCGUCUUCGCCGUCGUCAUCAUCAUCGUACACGCCGUCAGCGUGCUUCAAACAUCGUGUUUUAUGUGGACCAGAGCUCGGCGGCUGGUCGGAACAACCGGGGGCUGGAAGCGAGUGUGCGUGACUCGCUGCCGUUGUUUGUUUACACCGAGUUGACUCAUAAAGAUGAUCUCGACUGCGCGGUUUGUUUGUCGGAGUUUGAAGAGGGCGAAACGGGUCGGGUUUUACCCAACUGUCAGCAUAGUUUCCAUGUUGAGUGUAUUGAUAUGUGGUUUCAUUCGCAUUCUACUUGCCCCAUUUGUCGGGCGAAGGUCGAACCGGUUGACCCGACCCGGAAUAAGGACGUUCUGGUAACGGUCGGUAAACCGGUUCAACUUGAACCGGAGCCGGUUCAACCCUCCGGUUCGAGGUCGGUGCCAUUGGCUGAGAGAAGAAAUGGGUUGGAUUUAGCUGGUGUGAAAAUCGAGGUGCCAAGUAGGCCCGAGUUAGUGGACGAGCCGAGACCGAGUUCACCCGCGAGUUACGGAUUCAUGUCACCCGGGAACCGGUUACAAUCACUAAAGAAAAUGCUUAGUAUGAAAAGAAAACCGGCUGCUGUGUCUCCAACCGGUGAAACCGGAACGAGUUGUCCGAGUGGUACUGAGUUGGAUGUCGAGUUGGGAAUCUCUUAG